AAACCCCAUCCCGGCGACCCUCUCUCAUCCUAUUCUCUGCCUCUCUCUUCCAGCCCCGCAGCCAUCUCUCACUCUCAGUUCCUCUCUCACGCCGUCAACGACUCAACAGCCCCUCGCCGUCAACACCGUUUCGUUCUCCUCCACUUCCAGUUGUCCCCGAGGCUAAAGAUAUUGUUUUCCCCUCUCUCGGCGAGCGAAUCGAUUUGGAGAAAAAAUGGAUGAUAGUUUAUAUGAUGAGUUUGGAAACUAUAUUGGACCUGAAAUCGAGUCUGACCAAGAGAGUGACAGAGAGGAUGAAGAUGAGGAUCUUCCGGACAGGCCCACUGAAGAGGCCGAGGCAUCUGAUGGUGAGGAUGCAGCUGCUGCUUCAAAUGGUUGGAUAACGGCCUCGAAUGAUGUUGAUAUGGAUAACCAGAUUGUCCUUGCUGAGGACAAAAAGUACUACCCAACUGCUGAAGAGGUUUACGGUGAAGAUGUUGAAACGCUGGUUAUGGAUGAAGAUGAGCAACCUUUGGAGCAACCAAUAAUUAAACCUGUUAGGAAUAUCAAGUUUGAGGUUGGGGUGAAGGAUUCUUCUAUGUAUGUCCCAACCCAAUUUCUAGUGGGUCUCAUGUCAAAUCCCACUUUGGUGCGAAAUGUUGCCCUCAUUGGGCACCUUCAGCACGGGAAAACUGUCUUCAUGGAUAUGUUAAUUGAGCAAACACACCACAUGUCCACAUUUGAUGUGAAUAGUGAGAAGCAUUUAAGGUACACAGAUACGAGGAUUGAUGAACAAGAGAGAAAGAUAUCAAUUAAGGCAAUUCCAAUGUCGCUUGUGCUGGAGGAUAGCAAUUCAAAAUCAUACCUUUGUAACAUAAUGGACACCCCUGGGCAUGUUAAUUUCUCUGAUGAAAUGACUGCUGCCCUCAGACUUGCUGAUGGUGCUGUAUUGAUUGUGGAUGCUGCUGAAGGAGUAAUGGUAAAUACGGAGAGGGCUAUACGCCAUGCAAUCCAAGAUCGCCUGCCUAUUGUAGUUGUGAUCAAUAAGGUUGACAGGCUGAUAACAGAACUUAAACUGCCCCCAAAGGAUGCUUACUUUAAGCUCAGGCAUACUCUGGAAGUCAUUAAUAACAACAUAGCUGCUGCCACUUAUGCUGUUGGCAAUGUCCCAGUUAUUGAUCCAGUUGUUGGAAAUGUUUGUUUUGCAAGUGCUACAGCAGGAUGGUCCUUCACUUUACAAUCAUUUGCUAAACUAUACGUGAAACUCCAUGGAAUCCCAUUUGAUGCUGACAAGUUUGCAUCUCGGCUUUGGGGAGAUAUCUACUAUCAUCCGGAUACACGAGCUUUUAGGAAGAAAGCCCCUGCGGGUGGAGGGGAAAGAUCGUUUGUCCAGUUUGUGCUUGAACCCCUUUACAAAAUAUACAGCCAAGUGAUUGGUGAACAUAAAAAGAGUGUGGAAUCUACUCUUGCCGAACUUGGUGUCACUCUUCCAAAUGCAGCUUAUAAACUAAAUGUCAGGCCUUUGCUGAGGCUGGCUUGUAGCUCAGUUUUCGGCCAUUCCUCGGGCUUUACUGAUAUGCUGGUUCAGCAUAUACCUUCCCCCAAAGCUGCCGCAACAAGGAAGGUUGAUCAUAUAUAUACCGGGCCAAAAGACUCUAUGAUCUAUAAGGCCAUGAAGAAUUGUGAUCCUGAUGGGCCCUUAAUGGUUAAUGUGACCAAGCUAUAUCCCAAGUCAGACUGUAGUGUCUUUGAUGCUUUUGGCAGGGUUUAUAGUGGCAGGAUUAGGACAGGGCAGACUGUACGUGUUUUAGGAGAAGGGUAUUCCCCAGAUGAUGAGGAGGACAUGACUGUAAAAGAAGUUACAAAAUUAUGGGUUUAUCAAGCUCGGGAUAGGACACCAAUAGCUGAGGCUCCUGCUGGUUCUUGGGUUCUCAUUGAAGGUGUGGAUGCUUCCAUUAUGAAAACUGCCACACUUUGUGAUGAGGAUGUGGGACGUUACGAGGAUGUAUACAUAUUUCGGCCUCUCCAGUUCAAUACACUUCCAGUUGUGAAAACGGCUACUGAGCCUUUGAAUCCAAGUGAGUUGCCUAAAAUGGUGGAGGGUCUUAGGAAGAUCAGCAAGAGCUAUCCUCUAGCCAUUACUAAGGUUGAGGAGUCUGGGGAGCACACUAUUUUAGGUACAGGAGAGCUGUACUUGGAUUCUAUCAUGAAAGACCUCAGAGAGCUGUAUUCUGAAGUAGAAGUCAAGGUAGCAGAUCCUGUUGUUUCAUUCUGUGAAACCGUGGUGGAGUCUUCAUCAAUGAAAUGCUUUGCUGAAACACCAAACAAAAAGAAUAAAAUAACCAUGAUUGCUGAGCCGUUGGAGAGUGGACUUGCAGAGAAAAUUGAGAAUGGUGCUGUAAGCAUUGAUUGGAAUCGAAAAACAAUUGGUGAAUUCUUUGAGAAGAACUAUCAUUGGGACGUGCUUGCAUCGCGGUCAAUAUGGGCAUUUGGCCCUGAUAAGCAGGGGCCUAACAUUCUAUUAGAUGACACGCUCUCUGGUGAAGUUGACAAGAAUUUGCUGAAUGCUGUCAAGGAUUCUAUUGUUCAGGGAUUUCAAUGGGGUGCUCGAGAGGGACCCCUCUGUGAUGAACCUAUCAGGAAUGUUAAAUUCAAAAUAGUUGAUGCAAGGAUUGCCCCUGAGCCACUGCAUAGGGGAUCUGGUCAAAUCAUUCCCACUGCUCGACGUGUGGCCUAUUCAGCUUUCCUUAUGGCAACCCCACGCCUUAUGGAACCAAUGUACUAUGUGGAGAUACAAACCCCAAUCGACUGUGUCUCUGCAAUCUACACGGUACUUUCCCGCAGGCGUGGGCAUGUUACAGCUGAUGUUCCUCAACCUGGGACCCCAGCUUAUAUUGUUAAGGCAUUUUUACCUGUCAUAGAAUCAUUUGGUUUUGAGACCGACCUGAGGUACCAUACUCAAGGACAAGCCUUUUGCCUCUCAGUGUUUGAUCAUUGGGCUAUUGUGCCUGGGGACCCUCUCGACAAGAGCAUUGUUUUGCGACCACUUGAACCAGCACCAAUUCAGCAUCUUGCUCGUGAAUUUAUGGUGAAGACGAGGCGUAGAAAGGGAAUGAGCGAGGAUGUGAGCAUUAAUAAAUUCUUUGAUGAGGCCAUGAUGGUGGAGCUGGCUCAGCAGGCAGCUGAUCUUCAUCAGCAAAUGUUGUGAUAAAGACUGCGAUUCAGACUUUUAGUGUUUGUGUGUCCACAUCACAUCCGAAAAUGUGGUUCCAUCCAGUUCAUCAAACCCAAACUCAACUUGUGAUUUUCGUGCUUGUUUUUACAGUAAGCGCCCCUAACCCCUGCCACCGGCGGCCUCCUUCUGCCAGCGCUCUGUAAAAUUGAUGACAGGAUAGUUAGUUGACCUUCUCAUCUUUCCUUGAGGCGCCCCCCAACACAAAAAAAAAAAUAGUUGUAAUAUCCUAAUUAUAGGAGUUUUUUUUAUUGUAGAAGAGAAGCGGGGUUGGAUUAAAAGAUCUGUGAUCAAUGUGACUAGGUUGUUCAAUUAAUUUUUCAUAUUUUGGUGUUAUGAAUAUAUUGAGCUAUCCUUGGUUGUAACUGCUGUAUCUGUCAGUAGAGGAUCUGUGAACUUAUAAUAGAAGCAGUUGAGUAUAAACUAUAAUCCAUUGAUCAUUUGAAAUAAAAAAUAUAGUUAUCCUA